GAGACCGCCGUCAUCCUCGCGGGGGCGUACCCGUCCCAUCCGUUCGCGCAGGACGCCGUCAAGCACCUGAUCUGGGGGUCCGCCGCCUCCAUAAACCGCAUCGGGGCCAGCCCGCUCUUCUUCGUAGGCUGCGGAGUCGCGACGGCCAGCGGUUACCUGCGUAUCCUCUGCUUCCGCGCGCUCGGACAACUCUUCACGUACGAUAUCACCAUCCGCGACGGCCAUAGG